AUGCUGUUCCUGUUAAGUGUGUUCCUGUUGGUACUCGUGGCCGUGCUGCUUCUCGUGGCCUUCGUGACCAUCACAUGGGACCACGACAUCGUGCAGAGAUACGAUGCUCUUCCCGCCCCUGCUGACCUUGGCACUAAGGAGUUUCGCUGGCGUUGUUGGCUAUCGCCACUCACGCGUUACAACUGGCAGACCUCCAUUCUUCGCAGUCCGUGCCCGCGCAUCACCCUGCAAUGUCCGUUUGCGCUACUGUCUGCAGAUUUUGCUAAGCUCUCUACAUCGUUGAGUCUUCCCAAGCUGUCGAUGGAGCAGCUGCCCUUCCUCUUCCCUCAGGUGGCCAUCGGUAGCCUCUUUCUGCAAUUGUUGGGCAACUCUCACUUUCCUGCCAAUGUACGCUACAUCCGUCUGAAAGCGCUCACUGUCGUGCAGCUGCGGCCACUCAACAUGAGCUUUCCAACGCAGGAUGAGGAGAAGCCGAUAGCUCCGGAACUCAAGUGCAUCAUGGUUUUAACAGAAAAGCGUUUUCUUGAGAAAGAAGUCGAGUUCACUGUGCAGACAGACCUACUCGACGAGGAAGGCACCGUCUGGCAGUCGGUUACGUGGUUCUCCGUACCAUUUAGUCAGGAGGCGCUAUUGGUACCGCUGUCUGUAUCAUCAUCAGCGUUAGAUGAAAGUCUCAUGGCUCGAGCCAACUCGAACCUUCAAGUGGACUCUUUUGCGUGCUCGAAGCGGAAUCUGACGGAGUAUGAAGAGGUCAGCGUAGUAGGCCUUACCCGAUCGCGAUCUAGCAAAGGAGACACGGUGCCGUUAAUGUGGAUGCUGGCGCGUGCGACUGGCGUGCUGCAGCAGCAGGGCCGUGUGCCGCAGUUGCCAAUGAUGUGCAAUUGUGCUUUUAAAGAGGAUGUCUCCGUACCGCUGCAGAGGAAAAUCCAUUUGCAGUCUUGGACUAGUGAGGAAGAUACCCAGCAACAGCCAGAGGCGCAGGUGACCAAGUUCACUCUUGACGCUGACGAUGAAAAUGUUAUGACAGGCAUUCUGCGCACUGUUGGAUGGGUAUUUCCUGGACAGGACGAAAUGUCAUCACAAUAG